AUGUCUAGUCUUGACUUCUGCUCACCAUUCGCCCAGAGAUCCGAUUGUUACUUUUACUGCUCACGUCUCUCAAAGGGGCGUCCGCGAAAUAAUGCGAACCAUACGCUCAACGCGUUCGGAUUAGUCAAUGCCACUGGUGGAAAUGUAGCAAACUCGUCUUCGGAGAUCUUAACAGCAGUCGGAUUCACCUAUGACGCGUGUCUUUCACAGUGCGGCUCUGGAACACAGAAGCCAAACUGGGCGAACAUUUCGCAGCAGUUCAGUGCCUGGCUGUUACCCUACCUUGCGCUCAUUUCUCACCUGCCUUUCGGUGCAAGACAUAGGGUUGACAACCUCAUGUCUGCCAUCCUCACAAUCGGUUCACCGUUGCUCGCCGGUUACUCGAUGAUUCUCACUAUUCUCAAUGCUCGGUGGAUCAGCCGUCGAUUUGAGAAUGUGUCCUUUCCCAAUGCCAAACACGCCGUCCGCAUCCUCAUAAGCCUUCAGCAAACUCCACUGAAAAUAACAAACGAAGACUCGCUGCUCAGUUCCCUCAUUGUCCUGCCAGAGAAUGAUGACUGGUGGCCGAAAGUUGCCGACUCCCUCGAUUAUACUCUCACCUGGUCCAUCGCAUCUGCAACAUCUAUCGCUUGGGUUACUGUUACAUACCUGUUGGCAUUCAUCGGUUCAAUAUCGGAUAUCAACGGCAAUCUUAACUCUAACGGUCAAGGCGCGGGGUCGAUUUGGUUAUGGCUCAUACCAAUCGUGAUAGGUUGGCUGCAGCUAUCCCCAAAGUGUGACUAUGUGCGCAUUAAACGGGCCAUGGACAAUGCAGAUGCAAUGGCAUUUGUAGCGACCUAUCAUGGAGUUAUAAAGGCAUCAGACCUUUCCGAAAGACGAGCAAUAUCCAUUGAUUCCACUUUAGAACACUCUUCGUCUCCUGACGAAAGCUUAAUUCCACCUAUCUACAACUAUGCCAGGGCCAUCCCAUGGUCCCGGUCGGCGGAGGAUAUCUUCGAUGCUUUUCUAAUGGCCUCCAACAAUUCCAGAAUGCAUAGACCAGUCAAGACGGGUGAUAUAUGGAAGAACGCGGGCGGGAAGAACGUCUGGAAACCCGUCCGAAGUCAAUGCUUACUAUACGGAGUACGGAGCCCCUGGGCGUCAGGGAUAUUCUUCCGCAUGUUCAUGGCGUGGCUCCUGUCCAUGGCUUUGCAAUGGGCAACAACGGGAGCUGCGGUAAUGGUUGUGUAUUUUACUCCGACUAUGGGCCUUGGUUGUAGAUCUCUUGGUUAUAUCCUCUACGGUGCACUGGCUACGAUAGUCUGGGCAAUGCUUGUCACAUCGAGCAUCAUUUCGCAUUACACAUAUUUAUACUCGGCCAGAUCCAGCUGGAGUCCUUUCUUUUCUAUCACAAUGCGUCUCGCAAAGGUCCUAUCAGACCUUUUGAGAUGGAGUGGGAAAUUCUUGGCAACCGUCAACGCAGUCUGGUUAAUCACGGCCAGUAUGCUGCAGUUUGCGGAUGUCUAUGAUAAUUGUUACUGCAACUCGAGCGCGUUGGGGAGAGGGGUCCAGCAUGCAUAUAACAUCGUUAUGACUGACAGUUUAGACUUGGGUUUAACUGAAACUGCUUGGUGGGGCGGGUUGGCUUUGGCUUGCUCUACCUCUGUGGGAUUUGUAUUUUUUAUGAGUUUAUGGAUUGACCUUGUACCUACAUGAUGUCUCUGAAGUUUUAGCAUUUAGCAGCUUGCAGGAACGGUAGACUGGCGGAGGACUUCCUGCGCCAAGGCAUUUACGGGCCUGGAAGUGCGGCAGGGACACAGGUGUCCCUUACAUGGUCCUCUAUAGAGUACUACUCUGCAUACGA